GAGUGCUUUUGCUGUUCGGUAAAUGUGGAUGAGUUGUAUCAAAAACGAUUAUUGUGCAAGUACCAAGUACUUGUCGAAAUACGGAAUCUGAAAGUCGAUAGUAAUCCAUGAUUCAGGAGAGUGGUAUAAGGUAACGGUCCCUUGGUGCUUUCGUCAUGUUGUCAAAAUUGAUGAGGAAGACAAUGUUGACGGGAGAUGCUCACUGAUAUGGAGGUUGUUGAGAAUUUUCUAAUCCGCGAGCCGCCACUACUUUAAAGGUUUCCCGGAAGUUUUCACACGAGAAACACGCAAAAAGGUGUAAGUCGUCAGGCAACUAUCGGGUGUCCUGUCGGCUUCCUGAAAUUUUAACAUCGGAUCACCUGAUUCUCGACCUGACUUGUUCAUUUGUUUUCCGUAUACUCGUCAUCCUCGGAGGAUACCGCAACACGUAUCAAAAGCAGUGGUAUCCUCGCUGUGCGAGGUCAAUUCUUCGCGAUGUCCUUGAAUCCUAGCGAUCCCAUUGAAGCACUAGAAAAAGCAGUAAUGGAAGCAUUAAGCGAUGACAAAUAUUUUGUGGCUCGUCAGGUUCAUGCAGAAUGUAGCGUGUUACCACGUGACAAGUGUCCACAAGUUCUUAGUGAUUUAAUGGAUACAUUGUUAAAUCCUAGUAAAGCUAUUGAUGACAGAGAAGACAUCGACUGGUGUAAGUGGUUAAUGGGUAAUGGACGCAGCCCAGAAGAAUUUGCCAAACAAGUAAGCAUGUAUGAUAAUGCUACAACAUGUGGGUUGGUUUGGACACCUAAUUUUGUAGCAUAUCGUUGUCGUACUUGUGCUAUAUCACCAUGUAUGUCUUUAUGCACGGAUUGUUUCAAAAAGGGCAAUCACUAUGGCCAUGAUUUUAAUAUGUUUCUCAGUCAAGCAGGAGGUGCAUGUGACUGUGGUGAUGCAUCCAUUAUAAAAGAGUCAGGAUUUUGUGAUAGACAUAGUCCAAAAGCUGCUGUUGAUAAGUCAGCUGCUCCUUCAAAUUUAAUGUGUGUGGCAGAAGCAAUGAUGCCUAGAAUAAUUCUACGACUUAUUCAACAUUUGCGUGAAAAUUGUAAAGUGGGUGGACCAGAUUAUGAAGUUGCAAUCCAAGGUGCAGAUGGAUUUUUAACAAUGCUUAUUGAUUUUAAUAAAAUGGGUGCUUUAAUGAGACAUGUUAUGACAUCAGCUCUUACAAAUCCACAAAAGUAUAGAGAACUUAUGGAUCCUUCUAUAUCAACUGGACAACCUGAAUACGACAGUUAUCGUCAGGAUAGCAAUAAAAUAUAUCAGAAUGCAGUAAACUCUCUAACAAAUCCAGAACCACCUGAUGAAUAUAAAGAAUGUGCAUCAUUACAAGAGCAUUUACAGCACACUACUUUCUUAGAAGAAUUAAUGUUCUGGACAGUUGUUUAUGAAUUUCCACAAAAAUUAGUCUGUUUGCUAUUAAAUAUGUUACCAGAUCUAGAAUACAAAGAAGCACUUACUCGUGCAUUUGUAUUACAUUACAGUAGAAUUUCAAUGAUGCUUGAACGUGCAACAAAUCCUGAAACUUUAAGUAAUAAAGUGGUGCAUGUUAGUGUUCAGUUAUUCAGUAAUGAAAGUUUAGCAUUGAAAAUGGUUGAUCAAUUAAAGUUGUUGCAUGUUAUGGUAAUAACUUUGAAGUACAUGAUGAGUAAGACAUUGAUUCAUAAUACUUUACACGAUCCAGAUAAAAAUUUUCACUAUGUAGUAGACUGUGAGCGACAUGUGAUGAAAGAACAUUGUUAUUGGCCUCUAGUUUCGGAUUUAAAUAACGUUCUUUCACAUAAGCCUAUAGCUGUUAGAUUUAUGAGUGAUGAUACACUCUUAGAAAUGUGGUUCGAUUUUCUGUCUAUGUUUCAAGGAAUGAAUGUAAAUCAACGAGAAUUAAAUGAACAUGUUGAAUACGAGUCUAAUACGUAUUAUGCAGCGUUCAGCGCUGAGUUAGAAGCUAGCGCAUAUCCAAUGUGGGCUUUGGUUUCUCAUUUACGUGGUCCAGAAAGUGUAGCUUUUACUCGUAGAGUGCUAUCAUUUUGUCUCACAGCGUUACAAGAUUGGCUAGACGCUACGCAUCUUACUCAUCCAGAUGUGAGUGACAGCUUACAAGUAUCGUUUCAUUUCCCACUUCAUCGAUACUUCGCUGUAUUUAUGUGUCAAGCCGUUCGUCGACAAGGAGCUACACUUAAUGAGUUAUUGCCACCUACUGAUAUGUUACAUCUUCUAAUGAUGCAUCCUCUACGAGUUCAGGUUGCCUUUUAUGAGAUUCUAAAUGGAUUGUGGGUGCGAAAUGGUCUUCAAAUAAAGGGUCAAAUUAUGACAUACAUACAAUGCAAUUUUUGUAAUUCAAUGGUAGAUGCAGAUCUUUAUCUAUUACAAGUUUGUGCAACAAAACUUCAACCAGAUGUUUUUUUAAAAACAGUCAUUAAAAAGUUCCACAUAAAACAAGAAAUGAGUUUAUAUCUAACAUCUCAAAGUGAGUAUAUGGAUGAAGAACCUGAGACACCUAUGUUAGAAAGCUGUUUAACAUUUUUAGCUACAUUAGUUAAUGUUCGAACAAAUUUAGGUUUGUCUGAUGAUGAAAAUUCCCGCUUGGAAAUAGUUACUUUAUUGUCUAUGGGAGACAAAACUCAUAGUCAAUUAAUGGAAUUAAUGCCAGAACGUUGUAGCAGUACUCAAAGUAGAGAUUUUGAAUCUAUAUUAGCUGAUGUAGCAGUAUAUAGAGCUCCUAAUCUUGAAGCUAGUGGAAAUAUGCAACAAGGAAUGUAUGGUCCAAAAUCAUGUGUUUGGGAAGAAUUAUUUGAUCCUUUGCAUGUUUUACUAAGAGCAGCACAAAAGGGAGAUUUUCAAAUGUCAAUGGAUCGUUUUACUGAGUAUGUGAAGCAGUCAGGUAAAUUGAAAAAUAGUGUAAUUCCAUGGCCACCAUUUAGACAUCCUGCUCCUGUUUCACCUGCAUAUGAUGAUCCACGACUCGUAUUACGAUCUAGAGUUUUUCAUGCCAUAAUUUUAAUAAUUCUGUAUAAGGCUGUGUAUCGACAUAAGAUAUCAGAGCGUGUAAUGGCACUGACUAUUUACCUAUUAGAAAUGGCAGUAAUUACUGCAGAAAUACCUGAUAAAUCUAUAAAUCCUUUAUGUCACUAUACUAGUGAAGAACCAUCUCGUAUAAUAAAAGACAUGGAUCUUGCUGGUUGGUAUAAAGGUGAUAAUUUGUCUGAAAAUUUGAGGACAGUGAUACCAGAAGUCAUUUUAGUCCAAGAGUCAGAAUCUAGUAGCUCAGACAAUGGACUUGUUAGUAUAAGAGAAGCUAAUAGUGAAGAUGAUUUAAUACCUUUACGAAGAGCUUUGCCACCAUCCACCGAAGAAUCCAUGACCCUUGAAUCACCUCCUUUACCAAACAAUAUUGGUGGUCAACCCGCAUUACCACCUGCCUCUCAACGGCCCGCUGUUAUGGCUGGCAACGAAAUAGUUGCUGCUCCAACGGUGUACUCGAGGCUAGGUAAUUCUAGAGUAACAACAACAGAAAUUGUUCCAUCUACUUCAAAUUCUCACAAACAUUUGAAAAGAAGAGAUGUUCAGGGUGGAUCAUUACAAUCACAAACAGUACAAGUAAACGAAAGUAUAAUUACGUUACUAUUGAGAUUGCACUCACAAUUAUCAGGUGUCCCAGAUAGUUAUAAUCCUGAACAAAGUGCAAUGUCGGAUAACGAAGCUAGUAGUAGUUCAACUGUAGAACCAGCAGAAUCAAGAAUUGGCGAUGGCCCAUUCUUUAUUGGACAACUACUUAAUAAAAUAGCAAAUUUAGAUCCUAUGUGCAAAGAAGCUAUAAAUGAAGCUAGGAACAGAUUAUGGUCAAGUAUGCAAGAGAGUGAAGAUAAGCAACGAGAAAAGGAACACCGGGAAAGAGAGGAAAGGAGAAGACGGGCAAAAGAAAGGCAGCAAAAAUUAAUGGCUGAAUUUGCCAAUAAGCAAAAACAGUUCAUGGAGAGUACAAUGGAAACAGAUGAAGCAGGGAUAUUUGGCAUGGAUUGGGAUCAAAAGGGUAGUAAGACAAAAGUAACCAGCAAAAAAGAAUAUGAUUGCGUUAUUUGCGGUCAAAGUAGUCCCAGCACUGAAAGAAAUAAUAUGGGUCUUGUUGCAUUAGUUCAAGGAACAAGUGUUAUUGGCCAUGAACGACAAAAACCAGGUAGAUUGGUUUUACCUACUUCUGAUGAUGAUCCACCUAUACCAAAGGGUAAUACACGUGGUGCCUACUUUGAACGCAGAAUGGAUGAAAUGAGCCACCAUUUUGAUACUACUUCGUUGCUAUUAUCCGUUAAUGUAGGCUGGGAAGGUGGAGUGAACGUUCAAACGUGUGGACACCACUUACAUAUACACUGUUUCGUGCCAUAUCUCGAGUCCCUUCAUAUUGAACAAAGACAGUUUUCUCUUGCUGCAGAUCAAAACGAAUAUCUGUGUCCGCUUUGUCGGCAGUUAGCUAAUUGUUUUCUUCCACUUUAUCCACAAGUGAAAAAACCUGAAGCAGUCAUGCGAAAUGGCUCUCAACUUACCUCCCCUGUUGCAAUACUUUCAGAGAUAUAUAAUCUUUUGCAAACUUUACAGAGAAAAAAAACAAUUUGGUCUGAUAUAUCCGCUCGAGCUUUGGAAGAUAUGACACGGCGUGCACGUUAUAAAUGUUCACGAGAACAUUAUUACGAAUGUUUGUUUCUUUCUACAACUUCUAUAGCUCGAACUAAUAUCGAAAUUGAACUUGUUCAACGCGGUGGGUCAUUGUGUAUUCCUCCACCCACUACAAUACCUUUAAGGCCAAAACGUGAUUGCAUUGCUGCACUUCUUGAGGUUCUGGCAAGGAAUAAAAAAGUAGAGGGUAAUUUUCUGAUUCAGCAGACUUGGCAACAACUGUGCGGGCUACCUGCUGACCCACGUUUAAUAGUACGGGAAAAAGCCGUUCCUUUACUUCUCAGAGAUCCAACCACACUUCUUAUAAACUAUAUAUUAGCGCUUUAUGUAGAUUUGGAUCAGACGUAUUUCUCUACCGUGGUAAAAGUACUUUUUAACUUAUUGUACUAUCAAGUAAUAGUACAAAUAAGCUGCGGUCUCACACAAGCAGAAAGAAAUGCACUUCUAAGGAGAGAAUGUCGUUUUCAUCCAAUUCACGUUUUCGAACCCAAUUUCAUGUCUUCAGAAACUAUACUCUACAGGAUCAUCGAAUAUUUUAAGGAUAGUGCACUUUACCGUUCAGAUGAUGUUUUAUACAAUCCAUCCACUUCAUCAUAUUCAAUACUUGAGAUGGACAGUAUCGACGAUCAGAUACAAUCUAUGUGCUUACCAUUUUUACGAGUGGCUGCAUUACUGCGUUAUCACUUGUACGACAAACCAUUACCCGUUAUUAAGAAACCACAGUCUGAAUUCGCGGAAUUAGUCUUUUAUUUGAAAUUAGUCUUGAAAGAUACGAAACUCAUUCAUUUCAAUUCAGCGGUAGCUUUGAAUUGGCAAGAUAACCAGGCCAGUGUAUCAGUGCCUAGUAUGUGGUGUCAUCAAUUUCUCCCGUUUGUAAGUCGAAGCAGGAAUUUAAUCAUGGAGCAGCACAUAUCGUGGCAGGUACCGAAGUUACUUAGUCUUCCAAGGGAAUAUGACAAAAUUUUUACGUAUUAUCAUGGACGACAGUGUCGUCAAGGUCAUUCGAUUCCACAGAAGAUUAGCAUCUGUUUGUUAUGUGGCGCCAUUAUUUGUAUAAAACAAAACCACAAGCAAUUGAAUGUAUGCGAAGUUCACUCGAUCGAUUGCGGCGGCGGAACUGGUAUAUAUCUAUCGGUAACAUCCACUUAUAUUGUUGUAAUUCGAGGUCAACGAGUUUGUUUAUGGGGUUCUUUAUACCUCGACGAUUUUGAGGAAGAAGAUAGAGAUCUGAAACGCGGGAAACCUCUAUACUUAAGUCAAGAGAGAUAUCAAUUAUUAGAACAACAAUGGCUAGCACAUAGGUUUGAUCAUACGAAAAAAACAUGGGUAUGGCAUCGUGACGCACUGUAACAUUUUACAGUGUUCAAAACUGGUACUUUGAAACAAGUCGAAGACUUUCAACAGGUUUAUUCCCAUACAAUGCCUCGCCAAGAAAUAACAGCGCUUUAAGAAUUAACAGAUCGCUCUAAUACUUUAUGGAUAAUUAUAUUUAUUAUGAUGCAAUGAGUAAGUAGACAUAAUAUUGAAUGAAAGUAUUACAAGAAAAAAAUGAGGUGAGAGCUGAACUAAUAUUGUUUAUAGU